UCUACAACCUACUGUUGUGAUUAUCUUUCACUGUGAACGUUGGGAGAAACCCAGUGUCUGUGAUCGUUCCAACUGUAACUUACCCACACUGAUGCGAAUUCUUUGGUUGAGCUCAAAGCGCGCCUCUCUACCAUGGGCUGCGUCCAGAGCUUCAGCUGCAAGUCGCGGGUCAAGCGCGAAAACAUCACCGUGUGCGAUAUGUCAGCCACCAUUGACCAGUGCCCCACGGUGAUCGAGGAGAACUCGCCUAUAGUCCUGCGCUACAGGACACCGUACUUCAAAGCUUUUGCCCUAGUGGUCAUGCCGCCCAUCCCUCGCCACGAGACCUGGGUGAUUGGAUGGAUCCAGGCUUGCACUCAGAUGGAAUUCUACAACACUUACGGAGACACUGGCAUGUCGAGCUGGGAGCUCCCGGAGCUGAGGGACGGCAUGGUGAGCGCGAUCAGCGACUCGGACGGUGUGAGCUACCCUUGGUACGGCAACACUACCGAGACGGUAACCAUCUCAGGCCCGACAUCCAAACCUUCACGCCUCAUCGUCAGCAUGAAUGACAACUUCUACCCAAGUGUGACGUGGGCGGUGCCCGUGAGCGAGAACAACACGCCAAUGCUCACGCACAUCACUCGUGACCAGAGCUUCACCACGUGGCUGGUGGCGCUCAACGUCGGCACAUGCGAGAAGAUCCUGCUGCAAACCAUCAAAUGGAGAAUGAAAGUGGACAUCACCAUUGAUCCCACAAUGCCUCUGGGCUCCAGGGCCAGACUGGUUGGGCCUCUUCACCAGGACCAGCCCAAAAUCCUCACCCAAAUGGAACCCAUUCCCCACAAUGCCAUGGGCAAACCCAAUGCUAAUGAUGCCCAGGUGCUCAUGUGGCGGCCCAGAAGGGGAACGCCGUUGGUUGUGAUCCCCUCGAAGUAGCUGGUUCGGGAAAAAGUAAGUGUGGAUACAGGAUAGUCCUUUCCACUGGGUUGCUUUU